UCUAUUUGAGUGCUCUGAUCCAAGAAGUACAGACAAAUACUGCACAAGGAUGGGAAGAUUUUGUAUUGUGGCUGCGUUUCAGCUAAUUCUAAUGGUUUUGGCUGCAGAACUUACACAGUGCAAAUCCUCUACAGGGGCACAGGAUUUUGUUUUACAGGCUAAAGGUGAAUGUCACUUUAUAAACGGCACUGAGCGUGUGAGGUUUCUGCAGAGAUAUUUCUACAACAAGGAGGAGGAUGUUUACUUUGACAGUGAUGUUGGUAAAUUCAUAGCAAAGACAGAGUUUGGGAGACCUGAGGCUGACAGCUGGAACAGUAAUAAGGACAUCAUAGAGCAGAUGAAGGCUCAGGUGGAAACAGUCUGUAAACACAACUAUGGUGUAAUACACAGUGUCACAGCAGACAGGAGAGUUACACCUAAAGUCUCUAUAUCGGUAUUAAAACAAGCUGAUGGUACGGAUUCACGACUGCACACACUGUACUGUAAUGUCUAUGGGUUCUACCCAUCGGAGAUCGAGGUUAAGUGGUUUAGGAACAACGUGGAGGAGACGUCUAGCGUUGAAUAUUCUCACGUCUAUCAAAACGCAGAUUGGACCUACAAGUUUAUAGUGAUGUUGGAGACACGGUUACAAAGAGGAGAUCUUUUCACCUGCGAAGUUCUGCACAAGAGUCUGGAAAACCCACUCAGAGUAGACUGGAAACCGGAAGCAUCGGAGUCAGCCCACAACAAGAAAGUGACUGGAAUUGUGGGAUUUGUGCUGGGAGGCGUCUUUCUCGUUGCAGGCCUCAUUAUCUAUGUGAAAAGCAAAAAAGCACAAUUUGUUGGAAUUCCGAGUGAAAGUUUCCUUCAUUAAUGCGUACCCAAAACCUACUAUACCCUGAUGCUUAGAAUUGUAUCUUGCUUCAUAUAGAGGCACUGCUGAGAUGUGAUUUAAGAAGAAAAGAAAAAGAAUAAAGCUGUACUAUAUUAUAUAGAUGUUAAAGACUAUGGUCUAGAUUAUGAGUGGCGCGCUAUUUUGCGCUCAUGCGUAACUUCACUAAGCAAAGUUUUUGCACGUGCCAGGUUGUGAUCGUAUUACAAGUUGAAAGUAAAAAGUUUGCACGAGCGAAAACCCGAUGUGCGCAAAGAAUUGAACUAUGAAUAUCGCGAUUGUGUUACUUAUUCUCACAUAGAUUUCAGUGGAGCACCUAACACCUAUACUUGCGCGCUAAGAGCAUAUUAUCUUAUGUGAAGAACAUUAGAAUGUAAAAUAUUUACAGUUACACAGUUAAGCAUUUUGUUAAAUAUGAAUAUUGCAUAAAUAGGGUUUUUCAUGUUUUCAGAUAUUUGACUGCAAAGUGCUCCAAUGCACAUACAUAUACAUAUUUAGACGUGUAUUUAUCUCUGUUAAAGCCCUGACAAGCAUAAAUCCUGAUUGUGCUCACGCAUUUGCUUUUACUUUCAACUUGUAAUCGUGCCAAAAAUAUUCAAUAUUGCUUGUGCGCAAUAGUGAGCAUGUCACUUGUAAUUUAGCGCUAUAUAAGGAAAAUUACACUGAUCUAAAAAUGCUUGCUUUACAAACAGACCUUAUGAGUAGUGUGUGAUGUGUGCAGUGAAAAUGACUAUAUACAUAGCUAACAAAUUCUACACUUAUUUAUUGUUUGCAUACUAUCAGAUAUGUUAAUCUAAUUCAUAAUUCAUUUAUUAUGAUAUGAAACAACAAACCACAGGAAGUUAUACACCUCCUCUAAAAAUUAUAAGUGUCUGCUAAAUAAAAACUCAAAAAUAUUCAGCAAAAAAGCAGCUGUGCGCAUACAAUAAAACCUGCAUGUGCUUGUAUAUUAUACAUACAUCAGUAUAGACGUCACAUCAGUGCUUCUUCCUUUUGGAUACAGCCAUAAAAAUGACAAUGUAUAAAAGUACAGAUGCUGUUUAAUUAAAUACAUCAGGAAGAAUAUUUUGGAUUAUGAGCAAUAACUAACAAAAACAAUUUAAAGCCAUUGUUUUAGAAAUCUACGUUUUGACAGCAUAGCAGACCUAAACACAAACAGAAAGAGAAGCAAUCUGCCAGGAACAAACAGCUCAGUAGCUUGUUCUAUGGCCGAGUUAACACCUGGGAGUGGCUUCUUUUUGCCCAAUUGUGCUUUUCACAGGGGAGAACUUUUCUGAAGUAUAUCAUUCCGAUCCCGUCCAACAAGGUCAUUCCAGCCCCGAAAUGCCAAGCAAUUCUCCGCUGAACAAGAGAAAUGACAACACCAGAAGAUUGUUUUAGCCUCCUAUGGGGCUCAUCAGUGAGGUGCAGCCAUAUCCAUCUAAGCAAAUUGGGCAAGGUGUCCACAUCUGGUUUAACCCAUCACUCUUAGGGAGACUUUCCCCAGGGUCAUGUUACAAAUACAAACAGAAAGAGAAGCAAUCUGCCAGGAAUGAACAAUAGCUUUGUAUCAUUUGUAAGCAUAUCAGACUCAAAAGGCCAAUCGAGUCUGUUCUUAUUUCCUGUAGAAGGUUAAGCUUAAUUAAAUAAGAAGACAGUACACAUUAAAACAAACUGAUAUAAUAUUAAUAUAGUGUGCCUCACAGAUAGCCUUUAGCUAUAAAGCACAUUUGUAGCUGCGACGGCUAAGGAAUAUUUUACCUAUAAAACCUGCUCUGCUAAGGUUCUUCAGGCCGAUGCCAAGUUGGCACAGAGUAGGGUACAGUCAAUUGGCAGUUUACCGGUUGGUCUAUUACCUUUCUAUGGUGCAUGUUCCUUUCUGCUUGUCUGUAUGGCUUUUUGAAUGAGGAGGUAGGCUGCCUGUCUGCCUUAGUAAGCUGGGAAGACAUGCAGAAUCAGGAAUGAACAUAGUGGGAAGCGAUUAGGGUGGGCAGCAGCCUUCUCAUUAGCCCACUGCUGAAUAUUGACAAAAAGUGCAGGCUUAGGGGGCAAUACAUGUGCUUUAUUUAGCUCAAUACAAUCUGUAUUGCACACAGUAUUAAAGGGACAGUGAAGUAAAAAUUUUACUUAAAUUGUUUGGAUAGAGCAAUUUACUACUAUUAUCAAUUUUGCUUAGUUAUCUUGGUAUUUUGUUGUUAAAGAGUAAAUCCUAGGUGAGCUCAGGAGCGUCCAUGUGUCUUUAUCCAUCCGGCAGCAGUGUUUGAGACAUUGUUUUUAGCUAUGUUAUACAUAGUUACAAACGCUGCUGCCAUAGACUGCUAUAGACAAGUGCACACUCCUAAGCUCCUAUCAGUCUACCUAGGUUUAUUCUUCAACAAAGGAUAAUAAGAGAACAAAGCAAAUUUGAUAAUAGAAGUAAAUUGGAAAGUUGUUUAAAAUUGUAUGUUCUAUCGGAAUCUGGGAAGUUCAAUUUUGACUUUACUGAUCCUUUAAAUAUAGCCAUUUUAACCUUUACUGACACGUAAAUUCUUAAGAUAGACAUCCAUAUCCCAGGAAUUCUUGUAUCUAUGAAUACGGCCUCUGUAGCCGAAACACGUUAGAUCGCUUUUUAACCUGACCCUCCAGCUAUUACAUGGCCUUUAACCUUAUAUGUAAUAAGGAUCGUUAUUUCUUUUUUCUAUAUUCUUGUUUUCCCUUACAGUAUUUGUCAUUUUGUGAAAAAUAUCCUCAACCUAAUUAAAUCCCUUAAUAUAUUUGAAGGUUUCUCUCUGAUAUGUUUAGGAUAGGCCACCAUGAACUGUUAAAAAAUACCUUUUGGAUAAUUUACAGAGUUAUUCACCAAGGACCUAAUUCAAAUACAAAAUUUGGCCCAAAUAAUUCGGUCAACAUUUCGGCUCAAUUCUAGUGCGAUUCGGCUGUCAGAUUCAUAUGCUUAUGGGGUAGACUUAUGUAGGGUCGAGCGGACAUGAUUCGCUGUAACAUUGCACAAGCAUUUCUAGUGAAAUGCUUGCGCGAUGCCGCCCCUUGCACACUGCCGAGCAAUCGGCCGCUAGCAGGGAGUGUCUAUCAUCUCGAUCGGAUCGGGAUGAUUUCAGUCCGCCACCUAAAAGGAGCAGCGGUCUUAUGACUUGAAACAAUCGGGGUCAGAAGCAGCAUCCGCUGCAUUUUUAAAUCGACCGCAAUGACUCUUCAUUAAAGAGUGAAUAGCAGCUGAAUCACCUGAGAAUCAAAGCCGAAUUAUACUAUAAUAGUUAGGAAACUCAUUAUUAAAUCACCAAGAAGCUCAGCACAUAUAUAAUGGAGAAUAUCUUUAUUUCAUGUUCAAAUCACUGUUUUAUUGAAUUAUGGUUUAUAGGUUGUAUUAAGUUACCUCUGCACAUAAGGUUAUUGGCCUUUCUAUAGGGGUUCAUUAAUCAAACAGUGAUUUGGAUAAUUAAAUGGAGAAAUUCUCAAUGUAGGCUACUUUGGACUAGUUUUUGUCAUUUCUGUCAAUUUAUUUCAAUUAACUUUAAAUUAAUUUUUAUUGAUAUAUUAACCCCAUAUGAUGUCAAGAGGUCAAGAUAUGUCCAAUUCAUUACCUCUGGAGGUAGUGAUUUUUUGGGGAGAAUUAUUAAUUAAUUAAUUAAUUCGGAAAAUCGGCUGUAAUUCGGCUACCAUUCUUUUGUCUGUGAAUUUAUGAAUUUCGGGAGAAUUAUAGCUUCAAUUCUGUUGAACCAAAUUGCAGUCAAAUUGAACUAAAUGGUAGCCAAAUUAUUUAUUUAAUUUGACGGAAAUAGACUAAAUUACCGUUUUUUGAAUAGACGAAUUAGAAAAAUUAAUGUUUUAAUUUAUCUAUUAUCAAGUCGGCUGUAAUUUGGCUGCAUAAUUUGGCCAUUAGUGAGUAACCCCUUUAGGUUCACUUCUAGCUACAAACUGUUUCAAUGCUUUUUUUAAUUUUAAAACUUUCAGUGAACACUGCUGAGAUUAAUUUUUAAAAAAAUUGCAUAUCUGUGAGCUUAGUGAAUUCGGCAAGACAUGACUGAAGCUACAGUUAAAGAUUUAAUGAGACCAUGUUGAGAAGGGUAAGCACUAAAUGAAAUAUCCUUUACUCAAAAUUUGUUGACUUACCAAGUUUUAGUAAAUCUCUUUCGCUGGCAUAAAUGACAUGAGAAUUCACAUUUUAUUUUUUAAACAGAAAUCAUUUGCUAAGAUGGAUGUAAUACAAUAAAUACACCGGCAACGAGCAUUAUUUUCUGCUAGGUGAUGUAUCCGCUUUACUAAUUAACAUGAAAGAAGUGUGUUGAUUUCUACAUAUGUUUGUAUAUAAAUACAUUUUACAUUUAUUAUUGUUUCAUAUGUUUGUCCUGUAUAUAGAUGACAAUGGCCUUAAGUUCCAAUUAAAACAAAUAUGGAACAUAUUUGGUACUGUAUAAAUGAUUAGAUACAGCUUUACUGUUAGCCAGUGAUUAUUGAUUGAUAUGUUAAUAUAUUUCUAUCACUGUCUCUUUUUAUAAAUAAAACUGUGCUCACACAA